AUGCCUUCGAAGAAGCUGAAACUGAAUUCUGUUGGGAGCAAGUGGAACUUGGUGGAGAAGCGCGUGGAUCUCAAACGCAGCGGAUGGCACACUUUUCCGUUGACGGACACCGUGCAAAUGGUUUUCGCCAAAGGCGACCGCCGGCAGAACCUGGACGUACGGUGCGAAGUGUGUGAAAAGAUGGGCGUCGUGCCUGUUUUGGUGAACACGGCCGACGAAUCCCACCAUCCUUUCCUUGUGGUCCAAGUGCGAGCAGCCAACAACAAACACCGCAUCCGCAAACGAGGCCUUGAAUGCGACGGCAGCAGCAGCUUGUGUUGCCGCCAACAGUUUUACAUCGACUUCCGCCUCAUCGGCUGGAAUGACUGGAUCAUCGCCCCGUCAGGGUACUUUGGGAAUUAUUGUGAAGGGAACUGUCCGGCGUACAUGACCGGGGUUCCCGGAUCAGCUUCGUCUUUCCACACGGCCGUUGUGAACCAAUACCGCAUGCGAGGAAUGAGUCCGGGAUCCAUGAACUCCUGCUGCAUCCCGACCAAACUCAGCACCAUGUCCAUGCUGUACUUCGACGACGAAUACAACAUUGUGAAACGGGACGUGCCCAACAUGAUUGUCGAGGAGUGCGGCUGCGCUUGAGACUUCCAAAAUAUUAUAGUAAGAAACUAAUAUUUAAGACUUAUCCGUGCUCACAAAUCCACAUGCACACCCCAGCUCUUCCACGCAUCUUUGUACAUAUAUUUAUGUUCUUUAAUCAUUGAGCGAUUUAGUUCCAGUCUACAGGUUUGUACGAUACUGUCAU